AUUGAUGCUGAAACCGACAACCUUUGAGCCAUAGAAUGGGCCCUGGGUGGGAUAUAAGUAGCCUGGCAUUAUUGGAGGCCAAGGCGCCCAUUCCAGGAGGGGGUUGUUACCCAAUGCAUACUGACAGCCAAGCAACAAGUAUGAGGCGCUUUUGCUAAUAACUUACAUCAAGGGGCAUAUUUGAAGCUCGGGUGCUUAUACCAAGAUGGGUGCUUACAGGCGCCCAUAAGCGUCUACAUACCCCAUGAUCCAUUAUUGAUUAUCAUGCUUACAAGUUACUGUGGGUCGAUCAAUAUAGAAUGUAUAGCAAAAUUGUGCUGAAACUAAGUGACGGACUUAUUGAGCCCGUGCUGAUGUGGAUAUAAACCCGCGCUACAUAGCUUAAAGACCGACCAUAAUCAAGGUCGGUCUUUCGUGGUCAGUCUUCAUCGUCUCCAAAUAAUUAUACUGGCAAAUGCUUCAGCUGACAGAAUGACGCCGCCACUCAUUGCUCUCGAGGAGCACUUCUACUCCAAUGCCGUGUUCUCAUCUAUUGGUGAAACAUUCCAACGUACUCUGAAGGCUGUGCCUGGCCUCUCAGAGGCACUGCUUGAUCUGGGAGACGGACGCCUCGCGGCGAUGGACCGCGGCCAAAUCUCUCUCCAGGUAAUCUCGCAUGCCUUCACCCCUGGUGGUCCUAGUGUGGAAAGCUGUCAAAAAGGCAACGAUGAGUUGGCCGCUGGCAUAGCGCAAAGCAACCAGAGCCAUCGCUUCGCUGCCUUGGCCGUUCUCCCAGUCUCCGACCCAGCUGAGUCUGCGCGUGAGCUUGAACGAAGCGUGUCAAUGCUCAACUUUGUCGGCGCCUUGAUAGACAACCAUGCGAACGGGACGCAUUUUGAUUCAGCUGCGUACGACGUCUUGUGGGAAAAGGCCACGGACCUGGACGUGCCCAUCUACUUGCAUCCGACGUGGCCAUCAGCCUCGAUGGCGGAGCAGUUCCAAGGCGAGUACCCCAUGCCUGUAGCUGUGAGCCUUGGCGCUGCAGGCUGGGGGUGGCAUAGUGAUGUGGGCCUGCACGUCCUAAAGCUGUUCGCCGCUGGAGUGUUUGACCGCUUCCCCAAACUAAAGAUAGUCGUCGGGCACAUGGGGGAAAUGCUGCCGUUCAUGCUAGAGCGAUGCAUCGACAUGAGCACUCGCUGGGCCGGCUGGGGUUCUCGGGAUCGUCCACUUCGUCAGGUCUGGGAUGAGAACAUCUGGAUUACUACGUCUGGAUCAUGGAGCCUAGCACCCAUGAAGUGCAUCCUGGAAAACACCCGGGUGGAGCAUAUCAUGUAUAGUGUAGACUAUCCAUUCGAAACAAAUGAAAGGGGCCUGGAGUGGUUCAAGCAACUAGAGGAGAGCGGGAUGCUUAACAGCGAGCAGCUGGAGAUGAUAGCGUAUCGGAAUGCGGAGGACCUACUAAAGGUUAAAGUGGAGAAGAACUAGCUGGUUAGCUCUGAUAAGCGGGUAUGUAGGAUCGUUACAGGGGUAAACACGGGCGGCUCGGGCAGGUCUAGACUGAUUACAUAGUACUCCACUUAGCUUACUUGUUACUGGAGCAUACAUAUCUCACAUUUUAUGUACCUU